UCUUCCACCCGAUUCUCCCUACUUUCUCUCUUACGCUCCUCCUUCCUCCCUCUUCUCUCUAUCUCUCACUCCCUUCCUUAAUAGCGUUGGGCAUCUCGUCAUUUUCAGCCAUCAUUCAUAUCAAUUCUUCUUCUUCUUCUUCUUCCUCUCAAUCCGUUUCUCACAAAUUCUCAGAUUCUUCUGAAUCUCAAAAUGCUAAGUUUCUCUAGAACCAGAAGUCCAGGGAGAAAUACAAGCCCUCUUGCAGGAGGGAUGGAUUAUUUGGAACCCAAAAGAAAGAGCAAUGUCAUGGGCAGGCUUGUAUUGAUAGUUUCUCUUACAGCUUUAUGCAUUACAAUGCUCAAGAACGCACCUAGUUUCACUUCACCAACCUCAUUCUCUCGCAGCCAGGAAGGAGUGACACAUGUAUUAGUCACCGGUGGCGCUGGAUAUAUCGGAUCACAUGCUGCACUUAGGCUGCUAAAGGAUUCAUACCGUGUAACCAUUGUGGACAAUCUUUCUCGAGGAAAUCUUGGCGCCGUCAAGGUUCUACAGGGAUUGUUCCCAGAAGCCGGGAGGCUUCAAUUCAUUUAUGCCGACUUAGGAGAUGCCAAAGCUGUCGAUAAAAUCUUCUCAGAGAAUGCGUUUGAUGCUGUUAUGCAUUUUGCUGCAGUAGCUUAUGUUGGAGAGAGCACUCUAGAUCCUCUAAAGUAUUACCACAACAUUACAUCAAACACAUUAGUAGUUCUUGAAGCUGUGGCUAGACAUAAAGUGAAGAAGUUUAUAUAUUCAAGCACAUGUGCCACCUAUGGAGAACCUGAUAAAAUGCCAAUCGUUGAAGUUACUCCACAGGUACCGAUUAAUCCUUAUGGAAAAGCUAAGAAGAUGGCUGAAGAUAUGAUCCUUGAUUUCUCUAAGAACUCUGACAUGGCUGUCAUGAUCCUAAGAUACUUUAACGUGAUCGGUUCAGACCCGGAAGGUAGACUAGGAGAAGCUCCAAAGCCCGAGCUACGUGAACACGGACGCAUAUCAGGUGCUUGUUUUGAUGCAGCUCGUGGUGUGAUUCCAGGCCUUCAGGUCAAAGGAACAGACUACAAAACAGGAGAUGGAACCUGUGUUCGUGACUACAUUGACGUUACUGACCUCGUUGAUGCUCACGUGAAGGCUCUUGAGAAAGCUAAGCCAAAAAAUGUUGGAAUCUACAAUGUAGGUACGGGAAAAGGAAGAUCGGUGAAGGAGUUUGUGGAAGCUUGUAAGAAAGCGACAGGAGUAGAUAUACAAGUAGAUUUUUUGCCUCGACGACCUGGAGAUUAUGCAGAGGUUUAUAGUGAUCCAGCAAAGAUUCUGAGAGAUCUUAAUUGGUCUGCUCGUUUCACUAAUCUUCAAGAAAGUCUUGAAGUUGCUUGGAAGUGGCAAAAGACUCAUCCUCAUGGAUAUGCUUCUUCUUGAAAGACCAAAACAAAAAGGGUUGUAAAUUUUCUUUUUGCAUCAUCUUUUUGGAGAG